UCUUGGGAGUCGCCAAGUAUGGGCGAGAUCCACGUUUAGAUAUAUCUUCCUGUUAACCAAAAUUCUGGUAGAGCGAGGUAUCAUGUCUCAUGGAAUUGGAAAUUGCUUGUUGUGAUAGACAGGAAUUACGACGUAAACAUGAAUGGAAAGGACAAAAAGCGAGGAACUACAAAGUUCGGGGAUCAGAUGAAAAUCUUGAUUGAUUCGCUGGCAAAUCAAGAUAAAUCGCGAGCAAAAUGUGUCAGGAAAUUAUUUCGUGGCGUGACACGGAACUCGGACCCCGAAGAUGCCGAAGCUGUGCAGUUGCUUUUGGGGAGAGAUCACGAAUGGAGGAUACAUCAGGUUAAAGUUAUGAAGGCUGUGUCAAAAAUUAUCCGCCUCAUGAUGAUAACAGAGGGGACGACGUUCAGUGAGAUGGAAUGGACCGAGUUGGUUGAGCUUCUUAUCAGCUGUCGUCUUUUUGAUGUUGUCAACCUUCUUUUGCGCAUCAAGAUUCCACAGUCUGUGACCGAGGACGAUGCUGGCAGCAGCUUCGGAGACUCCUGGGAGUCUGUAUACUUCCACAGCCUGGAGAUCACCAGUAACAUCAUAUCCAGUGGUUACAUCUGCCAUACAGAAAGCAUCACCAAACCAUUCUUAGAUGAAGUUGUCAAGCACAGGUCAUUCUUGGAUGUCAUCAUCACAUUUGCCAUGGAUACAUCUCGGCCAAUAAUGACCUGCCACGCCCUACAAAUUCUUGCAUUCUGUUGCAACAAAUAUAUCCCAACCGCUAAGAAAGUCGGCAGGAAGAAAGAAUUGUUUCCGAGACUCUGCGAGUACGUCCAUAAGAACUUUGCUACGAAGUUGAUAUCGGACUGGUUCAAGGGAGGGGUAGAGCAGUAUGAGUUUGAUAUGAUGGGGGACAGGCCUCAGGUUCUUAUACCUGUAUACUUCCAGGAAGCCUUCAAGGAGCAUUCCGUGGAGGAGAUGACUAAGGACGAACAGAGACAGAGCGUCAUGACGUUUGCUUACAGUAUGCAUCUCUAUAGUCUCAAGCUUAUGGCCAUAUUGAGUAUUGCAGAUGACACUUCAAGGGAAACUGUAGUUAAAGAUCCUUCUUUACUCAAGCCUUGUAUCCGUUGGUUAGAAUCACCUGUCACAAGCAAGUUUUCAUCGGCUGCACUCAACGAGACCCUGCUCAUGCUCACUGGGUUAUGUAACAGUGAGGCUAUCUGUCACAAACUUAUCUCUACGCACAACCUUAUUCAACUCAUGGAAAGAGCAGUGUAUUAUGGAACCUUUGAACAUGUCAGCAAUAUUUUUCAUCUCACAACAAAAAUCGCAUCCCACGAAGGCAUGCUCCGAUCCAAAAUUGGCGCAGUCGAGAGCAUUGCCCGUUCAGCGACAGUACAUAUGUACAGUCACGUUCAUGAGCUACGUCUCUAUGUGCUAACCUAUCUUACAUACAUCGUAGAGACCGAAGGCGUUCAUCACAUGAUCAAAUACUUUGGUCCUCAUCACAUUCACCACUACCCAUCAUACUACUUCAAUGAAGCAAGACAAAUAGACAUGAAUGUUACAGACCUUUUGAAGGGUUACAAAUACUAUGCCGAAAGUGCAUACCUCCAUGCGGAAAGUCAGUUUAGGGAAUGGAAGAAAACACACAUCGGACUAGACCAAGAAAAAGCUGAAAGGUUCAAACUAGAGGGGAACAAGGCAUUUGUAGACAAUGAUUACAGAUUAGCCAUAUCUAAAUACACUGAUGCCCUUGUUAUUUGUCCACCCCUCAGGAAAGAGAAACAACUAAAAUCAUGGUAUGACUUACCCAUCACCCUGUACUGUAACCGAGCUCAAUGUCAUCUUAGUGUCAAGCAAUACAACCAAGCUAUCAGAGACUGUGAUAAAGCCAUAGCGAGGUGCAUUGGAGCGGCAGACCCUACCAACCGAAUUGGCAACGUUAGGAACAACACAUUAAUGCGGAAAGCCCUUUACCGUCGUUCCAGGGGACUAUUCUUCAUAAAAGAUUAUCAUCGAGCUCUGUGUGACAUCACACUUUGUCUUAUUGGGGAUGAAAAAGCAGAAUAUUUCAUAUCACACAAAGAUAAGGUAUUGCUUCAAUACCGUGAUAUGCAUGGUUUGGAACCAAUCCCAUCUUGUGACAUGUGUGGUUUGGGGAUAGGCAAGAAGCUAAAGCGUUGUGCCAGGUGCACAGGACUCUAUUGCUCCAGGGACUGUCAACUUAAAGCAUGGGAUAAAUUUCACAAGGUUAAUUGCCAAGAGUUUGUGAAAACUAGGAUUGAAAGCUCCGAGAGUGAUUAGUUGUAGGCCCACGUGUAGUGUUUUGUGUAAGGAACUGCUUCGAAGAUGGGAAACUUCAAGUAUGGAACUAUUAGAAGGCAGGUGAUCAUCCAAGACAAGGUGCACAAAUCUGAAAAUUGCAAGGAGCUAUCAUUGAGCCAAAGUAGGCGGAACUAUAAUGUUAUAGCGGUCUUGAAGAGAACAACCAUUCAGAGGAAAUGUCAACUGUCUGAUAACACUAGAAUCUGUGUUAAAAAAAUAAAAAAAAACUUUGUCCAAAGUUGGCAGAACUAAGUCGCCAUUUUGAACUUUCAUAGCAAACAAAACCACUGCACUUCACUACAGUUGAAAUGGUGUUCUUCAGAUCGGGUUGAAUUUCCAUCCAAACCAAAUUGAUCUGCAUGAUAUCAUUCUGCUGAAACACUGAAUUCUUCAUAAACAAAAGCUUUAUCCAAAGCAGGGAGAACUCCAAUGUACUGCAACCGAAGAUUAUUGAGAUGGCCUUUAGAGGGUCAGGUUGAAAUUUCAUCUUCACCAAACUGAUCUACACAAGAUGACUCUGGUAACUUUUUAAAACUCAAGUUUUGUCCACAGCAGACAAAACCCUAAGGUACUUUAUUCAAAGUUUGGAGAUCAUCAUACAAGGUCAGCUUUUUAAUCCGAACACUAGUGAUGUACAUGAGAUCACUCUGGUAAUGCUGAACUUUGUCCAAAGCAAAGAGAACUCUGAGGUACUGCAACUGACAGUAGGAAAUGAUCCCCAGAAGGCUUGCUUGAAUUUUCAUCCAAACUAAACUUAUCAACAUAGGAUUACUCUGGUAACACUGAAAUAUUUAUGAAACCAAACUGUCCAUACCAGACAAAUUUCCAGAAACUUCAAAGGUCUGGUUCAAUUUUCAUCCAACCAAGCGGAAGCUUGGCAACAUUACUCUGGCAAGCAGAAGUGUCUAUGAAACCAAACUUUGUCCAUAGCAGACAAAACUCAAAGGAACUUCGAAGGUGUGCUUGAAUUUUCAUCCAAACCAAAAUGAAUGGACAUGAGAUCACUCUGGCAACGAAGGAGUGUUUUUGAAACCAAACUUUGUCUAUAGCAGACAAAACUCCGAAACUUCUCAUCCAAACCAAAAUGAAUCGACAUGAGAUCACUCUGGCAAUGCAGGAGUGUUUAUGAAACCAAACUUUGUCCAUAGCAGACAAAACUCAAGCGAUCUUCACAUUCAGGUUUGGAGAUGGUCUUUAGAAGGUCUUGUUGAAUCUUCAUCCAAACCAAAUAGAAUGUACAUGAGAUUACUCUGGUAACUCAUCUGGGAAAAUAGUAACAUUGCCGGGCCAACCGAAGAUAAAAUAUUUCCACUACACUUUUGAAAGAAAUGCCCCAUGUAUUUGUUUUUUAUCCCUUCCAGAUGAAAAUUUACCCAAUGAAUUUUCAUAGAUAUGGUAUCUGAUUGGUCAUCUUAAUCAAGGCCAGAGCCAUGUCUUGAAAACUGGUAGACAAAUCAUUGCUCACAUUGUUGAAUAUUAUCAGUGCCAUUAUCUGUAAAGUACUAACAGAUAUGUUGAAUGUUGCAGGCCAAUGAAGCAUCUCAAUCAUUUUAAUCUUGUUAGUUUACAUUUACAAUGAGCAAACAUUUAUUUUAUUUUGAUUAUUGAAUGUUAAGUGCAGAGUAUUCUUUCUACUGGGUUUAUCAAUUGGUGAAUGCUGGCACACUUUGUAUGUUUAAAUAUCAAGUAUUUUGAGCCCUCUUUGCCACUUCAUUAUUCAGUUACUCAUCAAACCAAGCGUAACUGUAUCAGUUUCAUGAAUCACCUACUGUGUUUGUAAAUGAUUAAUUGUAAUUCGUUGUCAUUAUAUAAUUUGUCUUCAAAGGAAUUUUGUUUGAAUUUGUUGUAAUGUGGUACAUUGAUAUGGAAUAUUUGCUCUUGGAUGGGCACUUUAUCAAAAGUGAGAGCUAAGUCUUUCCUGCUGGAAUCCUGAAGCACCUGUUCAUUAUGUGAAUCCUCUCAUUUUUACCAGAGACAAAACAUUAGGAAUGACUGUUAGAGUUACUUGCCGCCCUUUCACACGGUACCAAAAUCAUAAUUUGAAUGAUGAUUCCAGUGAAAAAAUAAUUCUAAUGACGAAUCUUUAGCAUGUGUGAAACAAAACUAGAAUCACGAACGCUUAUCACAAUCACAAAUUCAAAUUCUACUCCGAAGUUGAAUUCUAGUUAAGUUUCACUCAAAUGAUGGUACGAUUUUUACAUCUGAAGGGGUUGACCUCCAAAUCAUCUUUUGGGGGGCGGAGCUCACGUGACCUUUCAAGCACUUCCAUUGAUGAUACAAUUGUCAUACACUCAUUGUAGUUUGUAUUUGCGAUGCAGUGCUUUGAUUGACAAGUCACCAAGGACACAAUACCGCCUUCGCUCAGGAAUUCCAAGUCAAAUCACAGUUUUCGAGUGAACGUGUGAAUGGUACGAUGAUUCUAAAGACACAUUGCAAUGAUCAUUACAAUGAUGAUUCAAGAUUCUUGUGUGAAAAUGCCCUUAAUAGUCUUUUUGUCUUUUUAAUUGGGAUUCAUGCUAUUACUUUUGGUAAGGUGCCUUUUAGGAGAUUUUUUGAAAUUAGUCAUACUUUUUUGUGUGAUCCUUACAAAUUUAUUAUUUAUGUUAUGGUUGUACAUGUAUGUAUUGUUUUCACACGACCUGCAUUGAUUUCUCAUAAUUAUGUUUUGUUAUUUUGUUUGAUUUGACUUUGAUCUUCCAUUUUUUAUUAGGGCCAUUCCAUUACAUAGGCGGAUCCAGGGGGGGACGAUGGGGUCUGGGCCUCCCCUAUUGGAGGAGCAAAAAAGAAAGAAACAAAGGGGGAAAGAAAGAAAAAGAAAUGAAGGGAAACAUGAGAGGAGGAAGACGAGUGAAUAAAAUAGAUUAGGGGAAGACUUGGAAAAUAAUAAAAAAAUCUUUCGUGUCACUAUACUAGUAUACAAUUUUUGCUCUCAUUGCCUUUCAAGUGAUUUACAUAUCUUGCUACAAAGUAAAUAUGGAGCCUAAAAUAUCAAGUUUUGAGGUCAAUAUACAAAACAUUUCAGCUCGGAAUUCGAACUUCCAUUAUUUUGUUUGAUUUACAAAUUGAUUUUUAAAAUGUGCUCUGUAAUUUUUUUUUUUAUAUACACGAUCACAAACAGUGUUUAGAAUUUCCAUUCUGCAGGUAGAAAUGUCAAAAAUUUCAGCUUGCGCUUUGCGCUCGCAUCAUUUGAUGGUUGAAAUAUGUAAAAUCUUAAAAACACAGCUAACUUCAAGCAGCCGUUAACUGAUCCCUUUUUUAUCAGAUCAAAACGUAUAUUGAAAAUGUCUGCUCGCCCUCACAGUAAUUAUUUAGUUGGAUACACAUCUUGUUUAGAAUGUUUAAAUUUUAGGACAAAAUACAUGAAAUAGCUCGCGCUUCGUGCUCGAACUUAUGGCUUAUGAGAUUAUUAUAUAUUUAUGUUGAUUUAUAAGAAUAAAGCUGAAAAGUGACUUUUAGGACUACCCCUUCAAAGAAACGAACAAAAAUCAACUUCGAGCGGCCGAUCAGGGGAAAUGUGGCUGAAAAAUAUUCUGAGCCCCCCCCCCCCC